AUGGCGUCCCAGAAGCCGACAUCUGAAAUGAAGGAGCUCACCUCGCGAUCCGGCACCAUGGGCCCCCGCCAGCCUAGCCUUGGGAGGGAAAUCUUCCGCGAGAACUCGGAGAAGGUGGAUGCGCUCGUGGGUGGGAAGGAUGUCUGUUUUUGCCCUGCGGAUAAUGGCGCCUUGUUGACGCGUGAUGUGCGGCGUUUAUCUUCGCUUUCGGAACAGAAAAACAGUCGAGGCUCCUCCAAUUACUACGCGCACAGAGGAACACAAUCAUGUGAUAGCGAUGCUCGACGUCUUUCUUUGAGUGCUGACGCCUUUCUUUUUGCGUGCUGCUUACACUGGGGGUCCCCCUUUCACUUUGUCGUUACAGUGGUGCGGACCCCACUGGAGGUGUCGGUAACCGACAGCGUGGCCAGCGUUGGGGGCGUGGCCAUGCUGCGCUGCCUGGUACCACCGGCGGCGCGGGAGUACGUCUCACUCACCGCAUGGGUGUCUGACGACGAUGUGACCGUGCUGCCUUCCACCGACGUCUCGUCCAAUCGGAGCCGAUUCCAGGCGUUCUCGAGCGGCCUGCUGGUGGUGAACGGCGUGACGCGCAACGAUGAGCGGCGCCGCUUCCGCUGCGUCGUCAAGGACUCGCUCACUGGCGAGAAGGUCGAGAGCGGCAUCUGGGGAAAGUUCGUCGUCACCGAGACCAAAGGCCACUCGGCUCCUCAGCUUCUCGAGUACGAGGGCCGGGUGCGGGUGCGCGAGGGAACGCUGGCCAAGAUCCCGUGCGCGGCCACCGGGAACCCGCCGCCCAACUAUCGUUGGUACAAGCUCACCGGCUCCCAGAUUCACCCGGUGGUCCUCAGUCACAAGGUUCAAGAGGUUGAUGGAACUUUAGUGUUCCGGCGAGCGAGCCUCCACGACAGCGGCAAGUACGUGUGCAUCGCAAACAACUCCCUGGGCCAAGACCGGGCCGACCGGGAGCUCACUGUCACAGCCCCCCUGCGGGCCGAGAUCAUGCCCAAGCGGCUGACGGUGCGCAGCGGCGACGACGUGACGGUGAACUGCACGUACGCCGGCGGACCCGUGCACUCGGUCCACUGGCUCAAGGACCAGCGGCCGCUGCUCACCGACCACCGCGUGCGACAACUGGGGCGGCUCGUGCUGCACGUCAGCGGAUUCCGGCGCGCCGACGCCGGCAUGUACCAGUGCUUCGUCGCCAACGACGCCGACUCGGCGCAGGGGCACGCCCUGCUGCUCAUCGAAGAGGUGGCCCCCGCGCUGCCGGACGUGUUCACGGCCCAGGUGCACGAACCGGGCCAGGGCGUGUCUCUGCGCUGCACGGCCACCGGGUCGCCGCUGCCCCAGGUCUCGUGGCUGGUGGACGGCGAGCCGCUCGCCGAGCGACGGGACGUGCAGCGCGGCGACUUCGUGCAACCAGACGGCGCCUUCGUCGUCAGCUACGUCAACAUCAGCGCGCUCGCCGUCACCGACGGCGGCGACUACACGUGCGUGGCGCGCAACGAGGUGGGCGCCGCGCGGCACACGGCGCGCCUGAGCGUCACCGGGCCGCCGUUCAUCCGGCCCGCGCGCAACCUGACCGUGGUGGCAGGCAGGCCUCUCACCCUCACCUGCCCCGUCGUGGGACACCCCAUCGAUGCGGUGCACGUCGAGAGAGAUGGAAAGCCAUUACCGCAGGAGUCCCGACACACACUGGAGAAGCCUGGCACCCUGGUUAUCCACGAAGCUCGCAAGGAGGACCAGGGCCCGUACCGCUGCAUUGCCGUCGGCAGCAAAGGGGACAUGGCCACGCGCGACAUAUACGUCAUCGUUGUCACGGCUCCGGUGAUCAGCCCGUUCUCGUUCCCCGAGCGGCUGCAGGAGGGGAUGCGCAGCUCGGCCACGUGCACUCUGCUGGACGGCGAUCCACCGGUCACCAUGGGCUGGCUCAAGGACGGCCGGCCCGACCUAGGGCCCGACGUGCAGGUGGUGCCUAUCAGCGACUUCGUCUCCAACCUCAUCAUCGACAAGGUGGCGCGCCACCACUCGGGCGACUACACCUGCACGGCGGCCAACGCCGCUGCCUCCACGAACCACACGGCGCACAUGUUUGUCAGGGCUCUUCCACGCUGGACGAUACGGCCCAAGGACAUGUCAACCGUUGUGGGCUCCUCUGUGACAUUCGAUUGCCAAGCCGAGGGAGAGCCGCAUCCCGUUGUGCGAUGGAAGUAUGCCGUUGGUGGCGAGCUGCGCGAGUUUCACAGCAUCGUGAGCAGCCCGCACAUCCACGUGCUGGAGAACGGCUCGCUGACCAUCGUGUCCGUAGUGAGCGAGGACAGGGGACGCUACCUGUGCGAGGCCUCCAACGGCGUCGGCCCUGCAAUCAGCACCACCGUCACGCUGACAGUCAACAACAGCCCGCACGUGUCCGGCAUGUCCAGAGUUCUCCAGGCUCGCAGGGGCGCCGAGGUCACCAUACAGUGUCACGUGACCGGCGACGAACCAAUCAGCAUCUCCUGGGGACGAGACGGCUCGCCCCUGGCUCCUUUCCAAAUCACCAAGUACGUGCUCAAGGAGGAGAACGAUGAGCGAGGCCGCAUUUCUAAGCUCAAGAUCCGCACGGCCGAGCGCAGUGACUCUGCAACCUUCAGCUGCACCGCGUCGAACCCCUUUGGCAGGGACACCGGCAGCAGCCGCGUAAUCGUGCAAGAGGUUCCCGACGCACCCGAAGACCUUCGAGUGGCGGAGGUGACCAGCAACGUGGUCAGCCUCGUGUGGACGGCGCCCUACGCCGGCAACAGCCCCAUCACGAGCUACUCCAUCGUCUACCAACCGACCGUGGGAGGAGGCCGACACGACCACGACUCCGUGCGGCGCAUCUCAGUGCCGGGGGGACUGACCACGGCGUCAGUGACGAACCUGCAGCCGGUGACCGAGUACCAGUUCAAGAUCAUUGCCAACAACGACCUUGGCUCCUCCGCACCCAGCAAGCCCAUAUCAGUCACGACAAACAUGGAAGCACCUCAGGAAGCACCAUCCCAAGUUAGCGCGGCUGCGUUGGAUUCAAGCUCGAUCAAGCUCGCCUGGAGGAAACCACACCACGACCAUAAGAACAUGCAAAUCAGUGGCUACUACGUGGGCUACAAGCCUCAGGGCACCAAUGAGCCUUUCAUUUACAAGACGGUAGAGGUUGACAACAAAGGCGUCAAGGAGGAGUUUGUCAUUGGCGGCCUCCAAAAGAACACCAAGUACGUCAUCGUUGUCCAAGCGUUCAAUGGCCAAGGAGCCGGUCCUGCCGCCGAUGAAAUCGUUGUGAAGACCUACGAAUAUGAUCCGCCGCGGUCUCCUCCGCUGCGCGUGAUCGCGACCACGUCUACGUCGGUGCACGUGCGUUGGGAGCCUGCAGGCAAGGACAGUGUGGUGACGGGAUACAUUCUCCACUACAAGCACGCGUCGUCGGAGUGGAAGGAGGAACAGCUGCACAGCUACCAGACGAACAAGAUACUUGACAGCCUCCUGUGCGGAACGACCUACCAGCUCUUCCUCACUGCUUUCAACGACAUCGGCCGCGGAGAGCCAAGCCCUGUAGUAGAAGUUACCACCGAAGGCAAAGCGCCCGUGGCUCCGCCCGGUGACUCGUUCGUGUCGGCCAACAUGUCGUCGGCGAGCGUGCAGCUCAAGGCGUGGGCGGACGGCGGCUGCCCGAUCCGCCACUUCGUAGUGCAGUACAAGCCGCAGAGCACGCGCGACUGGAUAGUCGUCUCGAACCACAUCGUGCCCGAGCAGCAGACGCUGCAGCUGAGCGACCUGAGCCCGGGCACGUGGCACGACCUGCUUGCCGUGGCGCUCAACGACGCCGGCAGGACCGAAGCCGACUACCAGUUCGCGACCCUGACGCUGCAGGGCGCCACGGUGCCGCCCCCGUCGGCCGGGGGCUCUUCGUCCGGCAGCCGACUGGACGACGCGGCGCUGCUGGUGCCCGUGCUCUGCGCCGCGGUCGUGCUCGUCGUCAUCGCGGCUGUCGCCUCGUUCGUGGUCGUCUGGAAGCGCCGCGGGGACCCCUUACCCGACGCCGCCUCCGACAACUACGCUCGUGGCUCCCCCGGACGGCCGGACGACAUGUGCCUGAGCACGUAUGGCAAGACGACAAAGGGAGACGGCAUGUACGAGUCGCAGCGCGAGUCACUCUACUAUCCGUCGCCGUACGCCACGAGCCACAUGGCGUACUACGCGGGCGGUGGCCGCUCAGCCCAGGAGGAUGGCACACUGCGCCGAGCCUCCCGUGGGGCCAAGGAGCACACCUACGACGUGCCGCACCGGCUCAAGCAAAACGGUACGGACGCUUCAAAUGAGCAAUAUGCUCAGCUCUGGACCAGCUCAAGACACCCCUCGCUUACCGGAGGAACAGAAGAGGACUUUGAAGAUGCCACAUCUCCGGUCCAGUACAGGGAGGAGACGUACACGAGUGGCAAGCUCUCCUCGCGGUUUAAAGAAGGCACUUGCCGAAAAGUCCCUUACGAUGACUUAGGUGAACCAGAGGAGUUGUCUGAGACUGAGUGUGACAGAGACCACAAUCUGUACCAGUAUAAUGUGAAAAAUUUUGCACGCCAGAGCUCGAAUAUCGACGGAGUGUAUCAGUGGCCCCUACAAGGGUAAUUUACGGAAGAGCCUGCAUUUGACAACUGACUCUGAACCUGGCGGCUGAUGCAUCCUCGGCGAAGAAUGUCCUGCUGCGAUCCAAUGCCUGCUAAUCGCACUUGGGCAGCAC